CCCGCCGCCCUGACGCCGCGCCCGGGCCUGAGCUUGAAGAAAAAAAAAAAACUAGCGCCACCACAAGAGGAAGACGAGAGAGCAAGAGCAGCAGUGACGCGGCGGAGGUGUAGUUUGACGCGGUGUGUUACGUGGUGGGGAAGAGAAUAAAAAAAAGCCCAACGAGAUCCCAGCCGCGAACGAAAGCAGUGACGGAGGAGAGGCAGUGUAACCCGGUAUCCAUGGCAGCUGCACAUGCAACCUCAUCUGCUCCUACAGUGACAUUAGUUCAGCUACCCAAUGGACAGACCGUUCAAGUACAUGGGGUUAUCCAAGCUGCACAGCCUUCUGUCAUUCAGUCUCCACACAUACAAACAGUGCAAAUUUCCACUAUUGCUGAAAGUGAAGACUCUCAAGAAUCUGUAGACAGCGUUACUGACUCUCAAAAACGCAGAGAAAUUUUGUCCAGGAGACCAUCGUACAGAAAAAUUUUAAAUGACUUGUCUUCAGAUGUUCCAGGAGUACCUAGAAUUGAGGAAGAAAAAUCGGAAGAAGAAACUUCAGCUCCUGCUAUCACAACAGUGACUGUUCCAACUCCUAUCUAUCAAACCAGCAGUGGACAGUAUAUUGCUAUUACCCAAGGAGGAGCCAUACAACUUGCUAACAAUGGUACGGAUGGAGUGCAAGGACUUCAGACAUUGACCAUGGCUAAUACAACAGCAUCUCAGCAAGGAACCACGAUUUUACAAUAUGCACAGACCACAGAUGGACAGCAGAUACUUGUUCCUAGCAAUCAAGUUGUUGUCCAAGCUGCCUCAGGAGAUGUACAGACAUACCAGAUUCGCACAGCACCUACCAGCACUAUUGCCCCAGGAGUGGUAAUGGCUUCAUCUCCUGCACUCCCUGCCCAGCCUGCUGAAGAGGCUGUACGGAAACGAGAAGUGAGGCUUAUGAAAAACAGGGAAGCAGCACGGGAAUGCCGCAGAAAGAAGAAGGAAUAUGUCAAAUGCCUAGAGAACAGAGUAGCGGUCCUUGAAAACCAAAACAAGACACUGAUAGAAGAACUGAAAGCACUUAAAGACCUUUACUGCCACAAAUCUGAUUAGGAGGCAAUUAAGAUUUUUAUUUUUCACCUUUCUGAUAAAAAAAAAAAAAAAAGACUGGUUCGACUUCAGCAGGACAGACAGUAAAAUGUUAUUUUCUACAAUUUUCUCUUAUGCGCUAAACUGCCUGUUUGCAACGUCAGGAUUUCAUUCAUGUGUGCUAUUCGGCUGUGAAUGGUUCCUGCCUCCCAAGCCCAAGGAAGUAAAUGACAACAUCAGUGUCAAGAAGAGGAACAUAUUUUUUAAUGCAUUUAUUUGUUACCCUGCACCAUCCUUCGGCUAAAGGUCUGUAGUAAUGAAAGAGUUUGAAAGAAUGCUUGUUGGGACCCUUUCAGUGCUGCGUCUCGAGUCAUCUUCAUACUGUAAGUUGGGAUUGUUCUAAGAACAUCUUUCAACUGGCCACGUCCAAACAUUCUUUACUCCAGUGUUUUGUCUUCAGCAUUACACAUUUAGCUUAUGUGGAAAUUGCUCUAUUUGGUUCGUCAAAUGAAAGAAGCCUUUCAUGUGUAAAACGGCGCAGCCCAUUGCUCUAGCGGAAGUCUUCUUUUACCCUCGUUUAUUAUAUUGAUCCUUUGUUUCAUCGAUCAGUUGCUAGCCAAGGGAUAUAUUGAUGAUCAAUAUAUGUAGCCCUCCUAUUUCCAGCAGUUUUUCAGCACUCCAAUGGGAGAGCCUUUUCAAGCACACCUGAGGUACUAUAAAUAUAGCUUCUAAAAAAGUGAAUUGUUAAACUUUUUUUUUUUUUUUUUCAUUUUAUAUAUGAUAUCGAAUGAAUGCGUGCAUAUGAAAUGUGCAUGUCAAAAGCACCCCUCUAAAAGCCUACAAAUCUGUUUGUAGACCUGAAAUCGUUCUAUAAUUAUUACAAAAAAAUGCUUUCUAAAUGUACUGUACCUCUGUAGGCUCUCUGUCACCAGCAGCCCAUUGUGGAGAUUUUUUUUUUUCUUCCGGUGACUUCACAGAGCAUAAUUAUCAGUUAUCCCAUUGUGUAAGUAUAUUCUUCCUAUAUGAAAUGACGAAGAAGAAAAGUAAUAUAAUGUGGACCUUAACUAUUAUCAGAAUUGUCUCUGCUCUGAAACAAAUAGCUGUAUCAACAUCAGUUUUCUCCAGGUCUUGCUCACUUGCAUUUUUUUUUCUUUUUUUAAUUGAUGCUUCUUUGUGUUUGGAAUUUGUCCGUCAUGUAUAAUAUUUUAUGUUUAAUAGAAUGAUCAUGUACAAUUUGAAAUACAUUUUGUAUUUUAAAACUGAUGUACUGUGUGCAUCAAAUGUUUUUUUUUGGGGGGCAGUGCGUGCGAGAUAAAUGUGUGUGUGAUGUUACUGUAUAUUAUCUAGCAAGUAGAAGAGUUGGAAACUGGUAAAACAGGCGAUCAUUUCAGUACUUUUAGAAAGCGAAAGAACAUUUGACAUCUCUGUUUUAGUACCUUUAUUCCACCUUUCUUUGUAUUAAAGAGUGAAUGAGUAAGGAAUGAUGAGUGAAGCUAUGCAUGCAUAUGUCUUAUCAUUUAAAUUACUAUGCCGUGCAAGCAAAUGGGGGAAACCUGUCUGCCAUAUGCAGGACAUAGGGGGCAGAUUUAUCAAAGAUCGAAGUGAAAAUUCAAAUUUGAAUCUUAUGUAUCAUCUGUUUAAAAAUUCGACUUCGACCAUUCGCCAUCUAAAACCUGCCAAAUUGCUGUUUUAGUCUAUGGGGGACCUCCUACAACCUAUUUGGAGUCAACUGAUGGACUUUGAAAAAUCUUUUGUAUUUGGGGGGGGGGGAGAUUUGAAUUGCACGAUUCGAAUACGCUAUUACGACGAUUCAAAUUAGAUCGAAAACAGACCUAUUUGGGCAAAAAAAAAAAAAAACUUUGAUUUAAUUACAGCAGGUCUUUUUGAAUUCGAAUUUCGACGUUUUUCAAAUUUGAAAUUCGACCCUGGAUAAAUCUGCCCCAUCAUGUUAGAUUUAUUCCCUGUUGUAAAAUUACAGUUAAAGCUGCCGUGUUUGUAAUACUUAUUUUAAAAUGACAUUAUAACUUUCA